AUGCCUGUCGUGCCGGCCGAGAAGCUGGUGAAGCUCCAGCGACAGGGCGACGGUAUCAGAAAUGUGCGUGCACCUCCCCAACACCAAUUUCUGCGACGCUGAUGGGCUGGCAGCUGACGAUGCAUCGUAGAUUUGUAUACUGGCACAUGUCGUACGUGGUUUCAGAAUGUCACUCCCGCCUCGCCUGAUCGCAUCUUAACAAAACCUUCAGGACCACGGCAAAACCUCCGUGACGGAUGCCCUGAUCGCCACCAAUGGCAUUAUCUCACCCAAGCUGGCCGGCAAGAUCCGCUACCUCGACUCAAGGCAGGAUGAGCAACUGCGCGGAAUCACCAUGGAGUCCUCUGCCAUCUCGCUGUACUUCUCGCUGUUGAGAAGAAGUGCUCCCGGCGCUGCGCCCGAACAAAAAGAGCAUCUCAUCAACUUGAUCGACUCGCCCGGCCACAUCGAUUUCAGCUCGGAAGUGUCUACUGCCUCCAGACUGUGCGAUGGCGCUGUGGUCCUCGUCGAUGCUGUGGAGGGUGUGUGCUCUCAGACUGUCACCGUGCUACGGCAGACGUGGGUCGAGAAGCUCAAACCGCUACUCGUCAUCAACAAGAUGGACAGACUCAUCACAGAGCUGAAGCUCAGUCCUGGCGAGGCAUAUACACAUCUCUCGAAGCUGAUCGAGCAAGUCAAUGCCGUAAUGGGUAGCUUCGCUCUGGGUGAGCGUAUGGAGGACGACCUGCGGUGGCGUGAGCGAAUAGACGAGAGGGUAAGUGCAGCGGCAGCUGCCAAGGACCAAGACGCAAAUGGCACCGACAAGGGUCGCCGAGAAAGUGUCGGUGAAGAUGAUGAGGGAGUAAUCACUAGCGGCACUCCGGCCGAGUAUGAGGAGAAGGACGACGAAGACAUUUAUUUCGAGCCCGAAAGGAACAACGUCAUCUUCAGCUCUGCUAUCGAUGGCUGGGCAUUCACCACGCGACAGUUUGCUGGUCUGUACGAGAAGAAGCUUGGCAUCAAGCGUACUGUGCUCGAGAAAGUAUUAUGGGGCGACUACUAUCUCGAUCCCAAAACGAAGCGAGUGCUAGGAUCAAAGCAUCUCAAAGGACGAAACCUCAAGCCCAUGUUUGUUCAGCUUGUUCUUGAGCAGAUCUGGGCGGUCUACGAGGCCACCACGGGUGGAACAAAUCAUAAGGGUGACCAAGCACUGCUGGAAAAGAUUACGAAAAGCCUGAACAUCAACAUCCCAGCACAUAUCAUGCGGUCUCGAGAUCCAAAGGCCCUCCUUAGUGCCGUCUUCUCAGCAUGGCUUCCGUUAUCGACAGCACUGCUAGUUUCUGUCAUUGAGCAUCUGCCAUCUCCCAAAUCUGCGCAAGAGGCUCGAAUGCCAGGCUUGCUGGAGCAAUCUCCUGGUUCGGACCACGUUGACAGCAAAGUAAAAGAGGCCAUGAUACAUUCAAAUGCUACGAUGGGCGAGCCCACCGUUGCGUAUGUGAGCAAGAUGGUGUCGAUACCAGAGUCCGAGCUACCUUCAAACAAGCGCCGCGGCGGUGCUCUCACAGCCGAAGAGGCUCGAGAGCUUGGACGCAAGAAGCGAGCAGAGAUUGCACGGGCUCAAGCUCAGGCAAAUGGAGACGCUUCCGUGGACUCUGUCACUGAAGCUCUGAGUACUGCUGCGAUUGGCGAAGAAGAGGAGACUGGAGCCCCCGGCGAUGACGAAGAGCAGUCAAAUGACCCAGAACACCUGAUAGGUUUCGCCCGACUCUUCUCCGGCACCCUUACUGUGGGAGAUGAGGUUUACGUCCUGCCUCCGAAAUUCACUCCAGCGCGGCCGAAUGCGCAGCCUCUUCCGAAGAAGGUCACGAUCACUGCACUUUACUUGCUAAUGGGCCGCAGUCUGGAGACGCUCAACUCAGUACCUGCUGGAAACGUCGUCGGAAUCGCCGGACUAGAAGGCGCUAUCCUCAAGAAUGGGACCAUCUCCUCCCAACUCGAGGGAGCGCCAAACUUAUCUUCCACCGCCACUAUCUCUACCAAUGCUCCUAUCGUGCGAGUUGCUUUGGAGCCUGCGUUUCCCGGGGAUCUGGAUAAGAUGGUGCACGGAUUACGGCUGCUUGUGCAAGCUGAUCCUGCAGUUACCUACGAGCAGCUCGAGAGCGGCGAGCAUGUCAUAUUGACUGCAGGCGAACUGCAUCUCGAGCGCUGUCUGAAAGACUUGAGAGAGCGGUUUGCCAAAUGUGACAUUCAAGCUGGAGAAGCCAUGGUUCCAUAUCGCGAGGGAAUCGUGAAGGCAGAAGAAAUGGACCCUCCGCGAGAUGCUGCGCUAGGACGUGGAAGAGUCGAGGGGGUGACAUCGAGCAAACAAAUCAGCGUCCGUUUGAGGGUCCGGCCCUUGCCGGCUCCAGUGACGGAGUUCCUAGUCAGACACACAGGUGCCGUGAAGCGGUUGUAUUCCGAGCGUAAAGCACAAGAAGAAGAGCGGCUCACUGGUAGCGUCCAAAAUGGAGACGACGGCAAAGACUCUGGCGAUGCGCAAGAACACGAUGUCGAGGCUGAUGAUACAGCCGCAGAAGCGGGACAACAACUUUCCACUUCAGAGUUCAAGGAACGUCUCUCUGAAGCUUUUGCCGAGGAGAAAGCCGAUCGCGAGGUUUGGAAGGACGUCGUGGAGAAGAUCUCGUCGUUCGGACCGCGUCGCGUUGGGCCCAACCUGCUUAUCGAUGCGACCAAGGAUGGCAUUUGCGGGCAAUUGUAAGUCCUUAAAACUCCAUGCGCUGAUCAUUCAACUAACGACUGCAUAGUCUCCGCGAAGAACAGGAAGAGGAUGCCAAUUGCGCCGACGAUGCGCGUUUCAAACACUAUUCGACCCUCGCUGACAACAUCGCCUACGCCUUUCAGCUGGCAGCGUACCAAGGUCCGCUUUGUAAUGAGCCGAUGCAGGGAGUCGCGGUCUUCCUCGAAGAAGUCAACACAGAGCUAUCGGAAGAGGAAGUCAGUGCAAGCAUGGGCCGUCUGACAGGAGAGAUCAUCCGAACUGUCCGCGAAUCCAUCCGAACUGGUUUUCUAGACUGGAGUCCUCGCAUUCUACUCGCCAUGUACAGCUGCGAGAUCCAAGCGUCUGCCGAAGUCUUGGGCAGAGUCUACCAAGUCAUCACAAGACGCAGAGGACACAUCGUCAGUGAAUCACUUCUAGAGCCCUCCACCAAUUUCACAAUCGAUUGCAUGCUUCCGGUUGCCGAAAGUUUCGGCUUCUCGGACGAGAUUCGUCAGCGGACGUCUGGAUUCGCUCAACCGCAGCUCGUAUUCGCUGGAUUUGAAGCGCUGGAUGAGGAUCCAUACUGGGUUCCCACAACGGAGGAAGAGCUGGAAGAUUUAGGGGAGAAGGGAGAUAAGGAGAAUGUUGCGUUGCGGUAUGUGGAUGCUGUGAGGCAGAGGAAAGGGCUGACGGUUAAGAAGAAGGUUGUUGAGAGUGCUGAGAAGCAGAAGACCCUCAAGAGAUAG